CUCACCUGGAAAUCUCGUCAGGAUCAUUUUAUCUGUAAUUUCUCAAAAAAAAAAAAAAAAACUCAAUUGGGAAAAAGCAAGAUGAAAAGUCUUCUGUGGAUCUGCACAGCACUGAUGACCAUGUUUGUUGCAGGUGAAUCUCUUAUCUGUAACACAUGCAGAGUGGGUCUAGGACCUAAAUGCUUGUUCAAGUCCACUGAAACCUGCAGUGACCCUCAGUUCAGCUGCUACAAGGGAAAAGUGGACUUCAACAUCAUUGAGUGGAUGACUUUGCACAAUCGGGGCUGCCUGUCUUCGUCUCUCUGUAACCAGACAGUAUCAGGAUCCCUCCUGGGAGCCAACUACACCAUCACCAGGGACUGCUGCUACACUGACCUUUGUAAUGGAGCCUCAUCUGUCCAGCUUCCUCUCACUGCUGCUUUGGGCACUGCCCUCGCAGCCUCCUUGAGCCCGUGGGCCCUCUGAAGACAAAAGCAAGCAAGCAAAAAAAAGAAAAAACUAUCUUCAUCUUUGUGUUUAUGGUGGGGGUUUUAAUGUAGAAUAUCUGUUUUGAUGCAACUGUGAGCUAGAGCUGGAAAUGAGAGAAUAUAUACACAAUUAGCAUUAAGAUUUCUGAUUUUUAACUGCAUAAAAUCUAGUGAACAAUUAAUAAAAGGUGUUCAGGUUCAAACUGACUUUCCUUUGUCUGGGAAUGCUCGUGAUGAGUAAUGGUUCAGAUUAUUGGCUGGAGACUUCCUGUUGGACCAAGAAAACCUGAUGAGCAACAUUCAUGCAUGCCACUUUUAAGUCAAGCCAUUGUUUAAAUCUUGCAUUUAGUUUUUUUAGACUCUCUUGACACACACACAUAAAACAUAAACUAAUUAUUUUAAGAUGGCUCAUGAUAUGUUCCUCUGAAUGAUAAAUAACAGCAGGAAAGUUAAGG